GCCAGGCCUGGGAAGAUGAAGCUGUCCAGUGCCAUCCCUUGGGCCUUGCUGCUCAGCUCAGCCGCAGUGGAUUCAUAUGACUGGUUCCCCAGGCAUCAUAAGUGUGGGGGAAUCAUCAAAGGGGAAUAUGGAGUUAUCGCCACCUAUUACGGACCGGAAACUGACUGUGUCUGGACCAUCCAGAUGGACCCAAAUUACCAAAUUGGGAUAACAAUACCAUAUCUCCAGCUCACCUGUGGUAAAGAGUAUGUGGAAAUUCUAGAUGGACCACCAGGAUCUUCUAGCUAUGGGAAGAUUUGUGACGUUUCAGACAAAGACUAUCGAUCUUCUACCAAUGUCAUGACUGUCAAGUACAGCAGAAAGUCUGACCACCCAGCUUCUUCCUAUCAAAUCAUUUUCUUUCAGGAUCCACAGGCUUAGUGAUCCCUGCCUCACACCUAAGGGUGGACAAGCAUCGCAAAUGAGAACAAUAUUCCUGGAAGACUAUUCUGGCAUCAGCUGACCAUGAGGAGAGACAUCACUGAUCCCCUGUCUGAUCACACCUGCUCAUCCCAUCCUGUCUCCUCCAUCCUUUCCAGCCUCCUGUCUCUUCCCUGCAAAGGAAGAUUUCUCACUCCUGAGCUUUCAGUACUUGCCAAUCUUGUGGUUGGGUCCUUCUGUUUAUUGCUAUAAUCAUUUUGAAUAAAGUCU